CGUUUUUUCUGACAGAUUUAUAUUUUUGUUUAUAGAAAUCUGAAACAGAUGUGUUAGCAUCUUUUAGUUAUAUUUAUAUUGAAAAGGUGAAGAAAUAUCAGAUAAAUAGCUUAGCAACAAAUAUAUUUUUACAUUUUAUAGUUAGUAACGUCUAAAAUGAAGUUUUCAAUUCCUGAAAUAUCAUGGCAUAAUAGGGAUCCCGUUCUAAGUGUCGAUAUCCAACCUAAGUGCGAAGAAAAUGAACCACUGAGGCUAGCGACUGGGGGAACUGAUACACAUGUUUUGAUAUGGCAUAUUUCCAUAACCGACAACGGUUCUAUCAAGUUAGAGGUAGCCGCAGACUUAACGCGCCAUCAGAAAUCAGUAAACGUCGUGAGAUGGUCCCCAGAUGGAAAACUCCUUGCAUCUGGCGACGAUGAGUCCAUUAUAUUUAUUUGGAAGCCAAAAACCGAAGAUUCAGUCGGAUCAACACAAGAACAAAGUGAAGAACAGUAUAAAGAAAAUUGGGUCAUUCAUAAAACACUGCGAGGGCAUGUGGAGGAUGUUCUGGAUUUAAGUUGGAGUAUUGACUCAGCUCAACUUGCCUCUGGCUCAGUGGACAACAAGCUUCUUAUGUGGGAUGUUGCAAAAGGCAAAUACACUUGUCUUUCUACUGAUCAGGGCUUUGUACAAGGUGUCUCAUGGGAUCCCAAAGGACAGUUUAUUGCUUCAGCUAGUAGUGAUAGAACUUUUCGCACAUUUGAUAUAGCAACCAAGAAAGUCAUAUCUAAAAGCAGUAAAGCAGUUUUACCAUUUCCCAAAGACCAUGCCCUGUAUGACACGAAAGUCCGUCUUUACCAUGAUGACACUCUCCAAACAUAUUACCGAAGGCUGGAGUUCAGUCCGGAUGGACUCUUUGUAGCAGUGCCCGCAGGCCGCAUUGAGCCGGAGCAAGGAAAGAUGGAUUUUAAGCCUAUAAAUGCUGUUUAUAUCUACACUAGAUACUCAUUAAAAGUGCCAGCCUGUGUACUGCCAUGUGGCGAGCCAGCGCUGGCAGUGCGGUGGUCUCCAGUGCGGUACAAGCCGCGAGCCUCUGGGCCGCAGCCCGCGUUCCCCACGCCCGGCCGCUUCGUGCUUGCUGUAGCCACCAAGCGCUCAGUGCUGCUGUAUGAUACACAACAGAAGACUCCCAUUGCACUUAUAUCCAACAUACAUUAUACUAGACUGACAGACUUGACAUGGUCGUCAGAUGGGCGCGUGCUGGUCGCCUCCAGCACCGACGGCUUUUGUUCUGUCAUCACCUUCACUGAGGAUGAGCUCGGAGAGCCGCUCCCUGAUGAUGUAGCUGAAAAACUGGUUGCAGAAUCAACAGGUAAAGAAACAGUAAAACUAACGAACAAAGAAAAUAAACAGGAAGAAAAUACAAAACCAACAAAAGUAUCUAAUAUUCCAAAAAUAGAUUCCUUCAUAAAGUUUAAAGCUCCCGAUGACUCACCUAAGAAGCAGAAAAUUGACAAAAUACAACAGAAGACACCGGUUAAAGUAGAUCUCCUUGUAGAAACAGCCAUGUCUUCUUGGUCCGAUAGUUCCAACAAUGAGAUUAUAAGACCCAAACCCAGCGAUGAACCAAUGGAAGUAGACAGCGGUAACAGAGACCCAGAAGUAAUGGUGAUAGAGGACUCAGAAGAUAUGAAACUGGUCUAUGAAGACACACUCACAUCAACCAAACAGUCGGACAAGAAAUCACCAGAAACAAAACUCAAAAAUGUUUCACCAAAACAAAGUGAUACUCCAACAAGUUCAAAUAGAAUAUGUGAAAGCAACUUUCUUAAACAAGCAAAGGUGACGGACAUAAAAGAGCCAGUGGCAGUGAAAGCGGUGCCGAGCCCCAAAGCGCCGCGCAGAGUCAGCUUCGUUACACUCUCCAGCCCCAAGAACAAAAAGACUUGCUAAUUAUUUAUUGUUAUAUUGAUAGAUAUUACUUUUGACUAAAGAUUUUUAUAACAUCA